AUGUUUGGAACCUUUCAAUCUCAAAUUGCUAAUGAAAAAACAAUACACAUUGCAAACAAUACACAUUUGGUUGAUUCUGAUGAUAUUUUGAUCCAAAUGAGUAAAAUAAUUCCACAAAUAUGGAAAUCAGAUAAAUAUAAAAUUAUCGCUAAAAAUCACAUUGCUGGAUAUGCAAAACGAUUGCAAACAAUAAUCGACAACGAUGGCGAUAUUAUUGCUACAUACAAGUAACUUUUCUUUUAUAACUUGUCUAUAUGUAAAUGUUUAUAACUUUUAUACAUGAAAAAAAAUAAAAAUAUACAUAUGUGAAAAAAUAAAAACGUAUAUG